UUUUAAAAUUAUAGAUGGAAAUAAACUAUUCAUCCAUUGCGUGCGACUUAAAUGUAGAAUUUGAGGCAGCAAUAUAAAGCCCCAGCCAAGUACAAAUUGUACUCUAUAUUCACGGUCUCGGCUGCUAAUUUAUUUUUUUGUAAGUGGCUUUGGAGCGAAAGGACGACCCGUCCAGCCCAUGGAGCCACAGCUUGAAUCUGCAACGAGUCGUGUGUCCGUCGCAGCCCAGCAUGUAGGAGAAUGCAGUCAGGAGGGGUGGAGUUCACAGCUUCUACUUCUCAAACGCUGCUGCGAAAGAAGAGCUCAUUCUCUGCCUGGUAAACAGCGGAGUUGUUGGCACUGAUGCGUCCUGGCACGUGAUCCCACUUUCGUCAAAUCCAUUGCCUUGCUGCUGCAGCCUCCCAUUAAACUUCCCAUGCUGUUGCCCGUCCAGUGGACCGCACUGGGGGUUCAUCCGGACCGUAUCCGCUCCCGCUCGCUCGCCCGCUGCGCUGCGGCUCUCCGUGGUCGGCUCUCCACGUUCCGAGGGACUCACGGGGCUCAGUGAGCUGGCCCGUUUCCUGCACACAUGGAGGGAGACGUCAUGGACAAAGUGGAGGCCACGGCGACGGUCUGUGACUUCGAUCCCGACAGUGGGAGCAUCCCGGCCACCAAAGUGGAGAUCACCGUGUCCUGCAGAAAUCUUUUGGACCGAGACACUUUCUCCAAAUCCGACCCAUUGGUGGUGUUGUACACGCAGGGCGUCGAGUCCAAGCAAUGGAGGGAGUUUGGGAGAACAGAGGUGAUAGACAACACGCUGAACCCGGACUUUGUCAGGAAGUACAUCCUGGACUACUUCUUUGAGGAGAAGCAGAACCUGCGCUUCGACGUGUAUGAUAUUGAUUCUAAAAGUCCAGAUCUAGCAAAGCAUCCAACCGACUUCAACGACUUCCUGGGACAGGUCUACUGCACACUGGGAGAGAUUGUGGGAUCGCCCGCCAGUCGCCUGGAGAAACCUCUAGGCGGCAUUCCUGGGAAGAAAUGCGGGACCAUCAUCUUGUCUGCUGAGGAGCUGGGAAACUGCAGAGAUUAUGCCACCAUGCAAUUCUCUGCCAACAAACUAGAUAAAAAGGACUUCUUCGGAAAGUCGGACCCCUUCAUGGUCUUCUACAGAAGCAACGAGGAUGGCACGUUCACCAUCUGCCACAAGACUGAAGUGGUGAAGAACACGCUGAACCCUGUGUGGCAGCCCUUCUCCAUCCCGGUUAGAGGGCUCUGCAACGGAGACUACGACAGGACAAUUAAAGUGGAGGUGUAUGACUGGGACAGAGACGGGAGCCACGAUUUCAUCGGUGAAUUCACCACCAGAUAUAAAGACCUAUGUCGAGGCCUGAACCAGAUCAACGUAUACGAGGUGGUGAAUGCCAAGAAGAAAGUAAAGAAAAAGAGAUACAUCAACUCUGGGACGGUGUCCUUGUUGUCGUGCAGCGUGGAGUCAGAGCACACCUUCCUGGAUUACAUCAAAGGAGGGACUCAGAUUCACUUCACAGUGGCCAUUGAUUUCACCGCAUCAAACGGAAAUCCGUCACAAUCCACUUCACUGCACUACAUGAACCCGUACCAGAUGAAUGCCUAUGCCAUGGCCCUGAAGGCCGUGGGAGAGAUCAUCCAGGACUAUGACAGUGAUAAGAUGUUCCCUGCCCUGGGAUUCGGUGCUAAGCUGCCCCCUGAUGGGAGGGUCUCCCAUGAGUUCCCUCUGAACGGCAACGUUGAGAACCCGUUCUGCAACGGGAUGGAGGGGAUUCUGGAAGCUUACCAUCAAAGCCUUAAAACGGUUCAGCUGUAUGGACCGACCAACUUUUCUCCCGUUGUUAAUCAUGUGGCCAGGUAUGCAGCAGCAGUGCAGGACGGAUCUCAGUACUUUGUUCUGCUCAUCAUUACUGAUGGCGUCAUAUCAGACAUGGCUCAGACCAAGGAGGCUAUAGUGAAUGCAGCUAAACUCCCCAUGUCUAUCAUCAUUGUUGGAGUUGGCCAAGCCGAGUUUGAUGCCAUGGUUGAGCUGGAUGGGGACGACAUCCGGAUUUCCUCCCGGGGGAAGUUGGCUGAGAGAGAUAUUGUUCAGUUUGUCCCGUUCAGAGACUACAUGGAUCGCACAGGCAACCACGUGCUGAGCAUGGCGCGUCUGGCUAAAGACGUACUGGCAGAGAUCCCCGAGCAGCUCAUCUCCUCCAUGAAGAGCAGAGGCAUCAAGCCCAACGCCGUGCCCCCGGUUCACUCGCCUGGAGAACAACUCCAGACCAAUCUCGUUUGAGCACCAAAAGCAGCUCGGGGUCGAGGUAGGGCAGCGUCGUGGUGGAAGGGGCCGGCCUUCACAACCAUCCUUUGGAAGAAGCUUUCGAGGCCCUUAGAAUAUUAAUUUUCUGAACAAUUAAGGUGAUGGGACUCCAUAUUUCUUUGGAGAAGCACAGCGGCUUUUGUCGAACCUGCUGAAGAUCAGGAGGUCUUUAUCUUUGCAAGUGCUUGAGGAUGAGGAGGCUGAGAAGAGGAUGGGGUGGAAGGAGGGUUUAAGUGAGGAUGUAAUGGAUAGCAAGUAAACUUAUAGAGAGAGCCUGUUUGGAGGCAUACAUGUAUUAGAAUGUGCCAGUGUGUAUCAUGUUUGUGAUACCUUUUGGAAUCGGUGUGCGGUGAAGUAGGAAAUCAUAGGUAGACUAAUUCAUUUACUUAUUUAUUGCAGAAAUGAUUAAUUAUUUUUAAAGGGUGGGGGGUCCGAUUAAAGUCCUUUUCUCCCUGUACUUUUCCAUUUUAUGUUUUAAGACGAGUGUAUUAAAAGAAAUCCCCAUUUCUACUUCGUUAAGGUCUGGAAUAUAACCGCAUGUGAUAAAGCCUAUUCUGCAGUUAAUGAAUUGUUUUCACUGAUAGAUAAUUUUAAUUGCAAGCAGUUAUGUAGAGGUCCUGCUGUCAGCUGUCUCAGCACGAUGUCUUUUACCUAGUUCUAGUUUCCAUAGAAGCAGAAUGCACUGAUUACUCGCAUAUCAAAAAGCACAAAGGUUGUAACGUUAAAAACAAAGAUCAUUCUGAUGACACCAACAUAUAACACAAUAAAAACUAAUGGAAAGGACCCAAUGCUUUCAGCGCAGCUUUUACGCCUCGCAUUAUUUUAAACGGAAUGAAAGUCAAAUAAUGUUUAUAAAGAAAAUUACUAUUCUGCUAUAUUAAAAUGAACCUAUACUAUCACAAAAAUCGUAUGUUUACAGAAAAAAAGAUGAAUAAUUCAAAGCGCAGACUUGUUUGUUUGCAGAGAGGUAAAUUAUUAGUCAUGCUGCCAUGUCUCAUUUGUCAUCUCGCUGUUUGUGUUUCUUUCCAUUAUAUUUGUUUUGGUUUCGGUUUAUUGUCUGGAAAUUUGCUCUGUACAUAAAGAACCCUACAAAUUCAUUUUUGAACGACUCAUUUCAAAGAAUACCGACUUCCAUUUCUCCUCCAAUAUUUCUUUACUUUUUACGCCAGAAUGAAAACUGAACGAUCACAAUUCUCGCAGUAAGAUAUUUGGGUGUUGAAUUUUUUUCAAAUGAAUGUCCCGGAUGCCAUUGUUUUACACUUAUCCACACUGUUUCAUUUUGCCACAAUCAUUGGAAUACGUUUCUAAUACGUUUCUAAUACCUAAGAUGCAAUAUCACAAUUUUUUUUCAAUUUGACUCAAGACAGCUGCCCAUAUGUUCACCUUUGUUUUCCACAUUCAUUUUUUGCUACUCUGUACACUAGUCAGUUAACGCCACUGUGGCCAAUUUGGCCAUUAUUUCCAUUAGCAUCCGUCACUCAAUAUCUCGAUCCAAAUGUGCCUAUUGUAUGGAAACAUAUCCAAAUUCACUUACCCAGGUGUUACUCUGCCAGCAGCAGCAGAUCUCAUGUUCAUGGUGUAAACACAGAAAAUGUUGGUGACAAUAAAACCGUUGCAAGGUUAGAGGACUUUUUAUACUUGCAGCUCUUCACUAAUUGUCUUGAAAUAAUGAUAAUUAACAGUGUCACUGAGCCUUGUAUAAUAUUCAAAGUCAUGACUUGUUUACAACUUAAUUGUGGCUGCAGGAUUAACAGCAAACAUUCAUUUAGAAAUGAGUUUAAUUUUGAAUUCGCUGUGCAUUAUUCACUCUCAUUCUGUACUUAAAGGAUGUUCCAUUGAACAACACAGUCUAAACUAACAUUCAAUACGUAGCCUAGAUUUCGCUUUGUUAUAAUUUUGUGCUAAUGCAAUUCCUGUUGCUUUACAAUCUUUGUCAACCGCAUAAUGUUGACUCCCAUAGCUUUAGUGUUAUUAGAUAGAAGAUACAGUGUGACGAUAUUGCACAAACUCAGUUCGGAAUCAGUGAACUCCUUCUGUCGGAGGCCCAGAUCCGUAUUUGGCUUUAUUUUUCUCCCUUUUUUAAUUUUUAAUUUUUGAUUUGUGAUGACAUUCAUUCCUCGGACGACAAAGCAAUGUUUAACCUGCUGCCAAAUCCACGCGUUCAUCAGAAAUGAAUUGAGGCCAUUUUCAUCACAUAACACUACUAAAUACCAGAAUACCUCUACAAAAAGCCAUUCAAGCCAAAAGGAAAUCAUAUAUACGCAUUGAUUACAAUUGUUAUGAAAUAUCUAUUCAUUAAUUAUAGUGACUUACUCACACAUCUGAUAUAUUUAAUUACUGCAAGUAAUCACAAGCUGAAAGACAACUAGGGAAUGUUGGCCAGGUUAUUUAGCAGGCAUGUGUUUAGCAUCAGCGUGCAGCUCAUGUAUGAGACUGAACAGGAAGUUGGGGUUAAAUGUUAUUUGCACUUUUUACACAUGUUUCAUGUGAUUAAUACAGCAAUGGGGCUUUUUUUGGGCCGACCUACUAAGAAAUAAUAAAAAGCUACACCUUUCAUUUUUCUCUGAGGUUUCCCCAAAGCAGAUACCAUAAACUUCAACCCUCAGUAGUAAACACAAAAUUAAUUUAAAAAAAGGGAGCACAGCAAUUACACUUAUGCAAUUAUGAAACAUUAAGUUAUUAUGAAAUAUAUUUUUCUGUCUUUCCAAGAAUAUAUCUAACUAUCUUUUCUUGUUGGGAAUGGCUUUGAUCAUCUCCAUUAGAGUUUUCUCUGAGGCUAAAUUCUAAUUAUGUACAUAAGACCCAUAUAAGAAUAUUCAGUGCCAAAAGUUGUUGAACUUGGCCUCUUUAGACAAUGUGCAUGUUUGUGCCAAAAUGCUUAGAGGUUUGGUAGUCUACCUUCAUUUCAUUUGAUUAGUGCAUCCGCCAUGUGCUACGUUUGUUGUUUGGGGAGUAAUUUAGAGAUUUCAGUCACCUCGCAUGUUGCACCUCUGGUUUUCUUCCCUCUCUGUUCCUAUGAGACGCAUUCUCACCACUACUCCUGUUCUACCCCAGGUUGUUUACAUACCUCGUUUGGUCUCUGAAUUGCAUGCUGAACUAUUUCCAAACCAGGUGUUGGACAUGAUAUGGUCGUCAUACUGUGUUUUGUGACAUUCUUUGUAAUGGAUUGCCUUAACUGAAGAUUAAUAAAAUAUUGACAACUUUGGCA